GCAAGUACGCAAGUAGCAUCACUCUCUGCCCCCCAUUUUCCAUUCCACCCCAGUCCUAGGGUUUCAAAAUCCCUCUACCCCAAAACCCUAACCCUAAUUUCAUGGAAUUCAAAUUUCGAGCUGGGGAAAAUCCACCUCCUUCCCAUUUUCCUCCUCCCUCAGAUGGCUAUUUCACUGCCCAGGCUCUUCGAGCGGGUUAUAUUAGCAGCGAUCUUCAUCUUCGGAGGCAGGAGCCGCUGCUGCUGCCGCAUCCGAUGAUCCCAGCGCGGGAGGCGCUGCGGCGCGAGCUGGAGAAGGAGCGGAUCCGUGAAGAGAUCAUCGCUCGCGAAAUCUUGCGGAAACGGGAACUGGAAGAGGAGGUCAGGAGGGAAUUGGCAAUGGAGCGGGAGAUCGAGCUGCGAAGGCAGGCAGACAGGUUCUCUUUGGCCUCUGCGUCUACCCAUUCCGAACGCAGGGCUGUGGGCCCCGCACUCCACCACGAGAGGUUCCCGGGGCCCAGCCGACGUGAAGUUGGGGUGGUCGAGAGAAUAUUGCCCGUGGAGAGAGAGAUCAGACCGUUGAUACCAGAGGUUGGCAAGGGGCAAGUUGUGUUCUUGGGUAAGACCACACCAACGACACCUAGUAUUGUCGGGAUAAAGAGGAAAGCAGCGACAAGCAGUGAACCCAAGGACUGGAGCUGUGCUCUCUGCCAGGUGAGCGCCACCAGCCAGCAAGGUCUCAACGACCACCUUCAAGGGAAGAAGCACAAGGCCAAGGAGGAGGAACUGAGAGCGAGCAAAGCUGGAGGCAGGAACCGAGCUGUCCCUCCUCCCAAAAAGGUCACCAAGCAGCCCAAGCCUGUCAAGAAAGGCGUGGCUACCUGUAAUGGGCCAAUCCUGAAGCAUGUGAAGAAGCAGAAGCCGCAGGCUGUCAAUCAGCCGGUGGACCAAUCCAUGCUGAAAAACCACGUUGGGGUGUUGAAGAAGGGAAGGUUUACGUUCCUUUGUGAGCAUUGCCAAAUCAAGUGCAACAGCGAGCUCAUGAUGGUUGCGCAUCUAGGCGGAAAGAAGCACAUUGCCCGGAUGCAGGAGCUGGAGGCUGAUGGCAGGGGGCCCACCCCGGCCAAAAUGGCCCCUUCCAAGGGUCCUGGGAAAGCAGAUGUGGGGACUGCCGAAGGGGGGAAGAAGGAAAUGAAGAUUGAGGGGGAAUUAGUUGGGGUGGUAAAGGAGGAGCAGGGUGGUGAACGAAGGCCAGGGGUGGAAACAUCAGCGGCAUUGUUCUACGAGGCAGAAGUGGCGGAGGCACUUACUGAUGAUGAAGAGCAGGCGAUGGAAGAACAAAUUGACGAAGAAGCUGAAGCAAUUGGCAGGCCCGGUGAGGAAGUGGCCUCAUCUUGCCGGGCUGAGGUAAAGGAGCAGCAGGACUGAGGGGGCUAGGUUGGGGCAUGUAGGCUUGAGUCGAGAACCGCCGGGUUAGAGGUGUUGUGUGGCGGUUGGGGUUUUUGGACGUGUAAAAUGCAUGGCAGAGGGAUGGGACUGUUUAUGGUGUUUGUGUAGAUUGUUAAUGAGAUGGAACUCCAUUUAUAUCA